UAUCAUUAUAUUUAUUUCACUUUUCGCUUGUCUUGUUAGAGUUGUCUAGCGGGGUGCACAGUGCCGCGUUGUUAAAAAUUGUUUUUAAAAUCGAAAUAUUUUAUUUUUAGAAUAAUUUCGUAAAAAGUGUAAACACCAUGUCUGUAGCAGCUAAAGGUAUCUUCAUUGUGGGGGCCAAGCGCACUGCCUUCGGCACAUUUGGUGGAGUCUUCAAAAACACAUCGGCCACCGAACUGCAGACACAUGCAUUCAAUGCUGCGUUAAAGGAGGCCGGUGUUGCCCCCACGCAGGUUGACUCGGUUGUGGUCGGACAGGUCAUGUCGGCAUCCCAAACUGACGGCAUUUACACUCCCCGUCAUGCGGCGCUUAAAGCCGGCAUUCCCCAGGAGAAGCCUGCGCUGGGCAUCAACAGGCUAUGUGGCUCUGGCUUCCAGUCUGUCGUCAACAGCGCACAGGACAUCAUGACCGGCGCAGCCAAGAUCUCCCUCGCUGGUGGCGUCGAGAACAUGUCACAAGCCCCGUUCGCGGUCCGCAACGUCCGCUUCGGCACCAUGCUGGGCCAGUCCCACGUCUUCGAAGACACCCUCUGGGCGGGUCUGACUGACUCGUACUGCGGGCUGCCCAUGGGCAUGACUGCCGAGAAGCUUGGAGCACAGUUCAAGGUUACCAGGGAUGAGGUGGACAACUUUGCGUUGGAGUCACAGCAGAGGUGGAAGAAAUCUCACGAUGCCGGAGUGUUCAAGGCCGAGAUCGAACCCGUGACCCUGACGGUGAAGCGUAAAGAGGUCAAGAUCGACACCGACGAACACCCGCGGCCGCAGACCACCAUUGAGGGUCUGAAGAAGCUGCCGCCCGUCUUCAAGAAGGAGGGGCUUGUCACUGCUGGCACUGCUUCUGGUAUCAGCGACGGAGCCGGCGCUAUUGUACUCGCUAGCGAGGAGGCCGCAAAAGGCCUAAAGCCUCUCGCUCGUCUCGUGGGCUGGUCCUACGUUGGCGUAGACCCCUCCAUCAUGGGCAUUGGCCCCGUACCAGCUAUUGAGAGCCUGCUCAAGGCCACAGGACUCACGCUUAACGAUAUCGACCUUGUUGAGAUCAACGAGGCGUUCUGCGCUCAGACCCUCUCCUGCGCCAAGGCGCUGAAGCUGGACGUGUCCAAGCUGAACGUGAACGGCGGCGCCACCGCGCUGGGGCACCCGCUCGGCGCCUCCGGCUCCCGCAUCACCGCGCACCUCGUACACGAGCUCAAACGCCGCGGUCUCAAGCGCGGCAUCGGCUCGGCGUGCAUCGGCGGCGGGCAGGGCAUCGCGCUGCUGGUCGAGGCUGUCUAACCGCACUGUGUUUCCUUGAGACUGACAUAACAUAUUAUAAAUCAAUUCUGCACUAAAAAUAAGAGUACGAGAAUUAUGUUAAUUGUAUUUGGUUAAUUAUACCUGGAAUUGUCUUGAUAUAAGUAUAUAAUUUUAAGAAUAAAGUAGGUAAUAGUUAUGUACAUAUGUCUAAUACUGCCUGUUAAUGCAAAUGUGUAUAAAUUAGUAGAAAUCACAAAAGUUAUGCUAUAUUUUUAAUACGCUGUUUUACGAGAUUUGGAAGUAUUUGUAUAUUUUAAAUUGUUAUUGAGUCUAUAUACAAGUUUAAUACGUCACUAAUAAAUCAACUAUUUUUA